UCACAUUGUUUUCAUGCUUGCAGGUAUCGGUAAUUUCCUUUUUCCAAAUCAGUCGUGUUUUGAGUGGGUCUGUCAUUCUGAGUUUCCCAGUGUCGUAUAUGACGUUGGACACAAUAUCUGACGAAAGGUCGGAAAGGGUUCUCCCUUCGAGUAUCACCGAUUCGAGUGCUUGCGAAGGGCCCUCUGGCUCGAAAUCUUCUGAGUAUAUGUACGUCGCACAUGUCGAGCCCGCUUUGGAAACUGAGUCAUCCUGCCAUAGGGCAGACGAGUCCUCAAGUUUAGAUGAGCUUUGGAAGCUGCAGCCAUUUCGCUCGUGA